UGUCCUUUUAGAGACAGAUGAUAAUUGGUAACAAAAUUUGGUUAAAUUGUCAACGUUGUUUUGUUUUGUGAUUUCUUUUCGGUGUUUAUCAAGAUCAUUAGUUAUAAAUACUACUUAUAAUGGUUACUAUAGGUGAAGAAAUUGCUACUGGUCAUGAUGAUAUGAUACACGAUGCUGUUGUUGACUUCUAUGGAACAAAGCUUGCUACAUGUUCAUCUGAUCGGACUAUCAAACUCUUCUCAAUUGAGGCUAAUAAUCAAAACCUGAUAUCUGUGCUGCGAGGUCAUGAAGGUCCAGUCUGGCAGUUAUCUUGGGCUCAUCCAGCAUUCGGUAGUAUUCUAGCAUCUUGCUCAUAUGAUCGUAAAGUCUUAAUCUGGAAGGAAACCUCACCAAAUAAAUAUGAGAAAGUUUAUGAAUAUAGUGGUCAUGAGUCAAGUGUGAACUCAGUACAAUGGGCACCUAAAGAAUAUGGACUAAUGUUAGCUGCUGCGUCUUCUGAUGGUGCCGUUAGUCUAAUUUUCAAUUCAGGAGGUGAUAAUUCUUGGUCAGCUAGGAAAAUUCCUAAUGCUCAUGAGAUGGGAGUUAAUGCCGUCAGUUGGUGUCCAUCUUUAAUACCAGGAAUGUCAUUAUUUUCAAACGAUUCUAGCUCAGGCAAAACCCAAAUGGUCAAGCGGUUCGUUACAGGAAGUUGUGAUAAAUUGAUCAAAAUUUGGAAGUAUAUUGAUGAAAAAGAUGAAUGGGAGGAAGAAAACAAACUAGAAGGACACAUAGACUGGGUUCGAGAUGUUGCUUGGGCCCCGUCGAUUGGAAAAAGUUACAUAGCUAGCUGUGGCCAGGAUAGAAGAGUAAUAAUUUGGAAACAUGAUAGCCAAUCAAAUACUUGGAAACCUGUUAAAACAAUUGAUCUUUUCGAAGAUGUUGUUUGGCACGUCUCGUGGUCGAUCGCAGGAAAUAUUUUAGCAGUAUCUGGAGGAGAUAAUAAAGUAACUCUCUGGAAGGAAACUUUUACUGGAGACUGGAUUUGUAUUAAUGAGAUAACUAACAAAGGAAUUUAAGCUAAUGGCAUUAGUCUCUGCAUUGUCACUGGUGAAAACGCUGAAAAAGAAAUCAAUAAAUGGUGGCAAAGUUUAUCAUCUAAAAUUUUAUUCAAGAUCUAUAAAAUAUUCUCGACAAUUUUGAUAUAAGACUUAAUUCCAUCAGAAGUUUUAAUCAAAUGGCUUAUUUUUUUAUUGAAACUUCAUUUUGAUAAUCUUCUGCAGUAAUUUCAUCCUCAUCUUCACUUUCCGAUGAGUCGCUUUUAGAUUUAACAUUGGAAGUUUGCGUUUUUUCCGAUGACACUUCGGGUGAUGAGCUGAAUCUUCUUAAAGAAGUUGCCAUUUUACUAGAUCCUAUCUUUGUUCCUCUUAAGCGAUUAUCCUUGAUUGGUGAUUGUGUUCGUUUAAUUCCAAAGUAGUUUCUAAAUGAA